AUGGUAAUACUGAAAACACCAAGUACAGGGAUCGAGGUUAUCCAGUCCCAAUUUCCCGGGUACGUCCAUCUCAGAGCAAGUAGUGUCCAAAUGUUCAAGGAGUAUUUGACUGUGGAAGGCUAUAUUAAUGCCAAGAAGCUUCGAAAUAACUGGUUCUACAGCCUUGUUCACCUCGCAGUGAAUAAUAUCAAACCAAAAUCCCCAUACUCUGAGGUUCGUCUGGUUAGGCGUCGCCACGGACCAGCUGUCCAGGUGGACAUUUUCAAGAAAGGAUCUGACGAGAAGUUUUUAUCAGUUGAUCUCGUUCCUAGCCUCCAAGUCGAGGAGAGCUGGUAUGUGCCGAAGCCUUUUACAGGGAAGCGAUAUUUGUUAAAAAACGAGUGUCUCUGGAGAAAGACAUUUUCACCAAAGGAGAAACAACUCCUAGCGUCCAUGGACAGGGAAGACCAAGGCUGUAGGCAUGAGCUCCUUCAAAUCGUGAAGACCGCAGUCAAGAGGCCGGUGACAUCUUUACCACUGGAUUCAUAUCACUUGAAAACCGCCUUCAUGCACUACAUCAAAAGGGGAGACCUGGAUUGGGUAAGUGGAGACGCGUUGGGGAAAAAUUUCGUUGGAUUUCUUAGAGAAUUACAGAGUCAUAUGGCGAGCAGAAAUCUUCCUCACUAUUGGUUGGAUGAUGUAAACGUUUUGGAUGAUUUCAAGAAAGGGGUUGUCCAGCAGAUGGCGUAUCGUUUAAGAAGCAUCCUAAACAGCGAAGCAAGGCUGAACAAGAUACUCAAAUAGCCUUCAUGACUCUGCUAUAUCUGUCUCUCUCGUACAAUCAAAGCUAUCUAUCAUUUCAUUGAACUUGCAAAGAUCGAUUUUGGAAAAAACUAAAUGUAAAGGCAAGAAAAUAUCCCUUGGUGAACAUUAAAAUUUAAGUUUAUUCAGCAUAUUUUUUUAUUCCUUAUUACCCUUUUAGGUGGUUUACCUUGUAGACCCUUUGAGUAUGACAGCCACGUCUCUCUUACGUGUUGGCUGGUUUUUUUUUUUUUUUCCCUGUUAGCAAAAUAGUCAGCGGUCUUCCACUCAACCAAGUCCACAUGUCGGCUUUUUUUUUCAAACCAAUAUGAUAGAACUAUAAAGAGCGGUUUCGACUCUCUUUGUUCAUAAAAAUCCAUUCGUAUCCAGUUUUGAUGGAAACCAGGCUUGGCUUCGGCAGUUGCGUUGAUUCGCAUGUUUUACCACACUCUGAAAAUUUGUAUCAAGAGUUAUUAAAGGAAGGAUUUUUGGUAUUCUGCAAAAUUAAAACAACAACAAAAAGUGAUUUUCUACAAAAAAAAAAGUAAAUAAAUAAUGCUUACAAUCACAAUGUUGGUAAUUUCUACAACAAAAGCAACAACAUUGAUAAUAACGAUAACACUAAUAAUGCUAAUGAUAUGAUAAUGAUGAAGAUAAUUUGACUGAUACUGACUACUUCUACUAAUUAUAGUAAUGAGAUGGUGACGAUGACAACGUUCCUCAAAAUUUUUUCCACUUCGAAAUUUUCAAUGAUUUUCCACUCUCCCAAGUCCACUUCCCAGAUUCCUUUGAUAAACCAAUCUGCCAUACUUUAUUCCUCCAACUACUCAGAUUCUAAAUCUUCUGACUGAUAAAAUUCCAUUCCUCAUUGGGUUCAGUGGAAAUUAAGUAACCACCUUGGCUUUUGCAGACAUCACUGUUUUCAGACCAAGUUUCUUCCCCAUCUCGUAAAUGUGUACCGAGAAUUUUGGAAACAGGCAUUUUGGUACCACAGUGAACAAUGCAUAUCGAUAGAUAAAAAUAUACAGAUAAUACUUAUUAACUGAUACUUGUAUUUAUGACGAUAAUGGUGAUAAAAACUAAAGCAAUGCUUGGAAUAAGGUUUAAAUUUUAUCAGCGUUAAUUUUGUUUUUAGGACAGGCUUCGCUAUCCUUUAAAUUCGUUGUUUUGUUUUCCUACCCAUAUUAUUUUGGAAUUGCUAACCAGCUAAUGCAAUUACAAUGGUCAAUCUGUGAUUAUUCUUAUAAACCAGUCAAAAAACUUUCAAGUUCCAUUUUACCAACAUAAAUUUUAAAUCUGGAACUAUACCCUCUCACCUGUUCCUUGUAAUUGCAUCAUUAGAGUUGGAGUAAUUGUAGAUUACAAAAUAAACAUAUGAACAAAUGAGUUAUCGCAAAAACAGCAUUUGAAACACAGUAGAAUCAACCUAGAAUAGUAUUAAUUCACUAUCUAAAGUUGUUUUCUUUCUACAUUUAAACUUCUGGCCACUUUUUCUAACUUCAGUCGGGGAGCCGUCAAAUAAAGUUUAAAACGCGUUGCAGCUUAGCUUCUUAUCAAUUUGAACAAGUCUUUAUAAUUGAAACGCGAGUCUAAAUGACACGUUUCAGUGAAAUUUUACCCUUAGAAAUAUUUAACCUGGUGUUAUACCCAUCGGCAGAAAUAUUGGACAAGAUGGCGGCCGCGCUUGCGCAUUUCGUCCAUAAUGGCGUCCAAAUAAUAUAAGAAAUUGUAUGGAAAUUUGUAAAAUUUCUAAAAUAUAACAAUCAGGAGCUCAUGGUCCCGUCUACUCUCGAUCGAGACAUAUUCAGUACUGAUUCUGCUAUUCAUCAUACCUCACAGGGACUCGAUAAAUAAAAACCACUUACUUCCCGAGCCAGUUCUUUUGUCAUUGAUCAUUGACCUAGGUCGCCACACAGUUCUUCAAAAUCCGUUGUUCUCCAUCCCAAACACUCGCCUAUUACAGGAAAGUGCAUCAAUAAAGUCAACUGCUCUCGAUCGAAUUGACUGCUACAGAGUUCGAAGCGUCCAAAUAUCCUGUAAAAUUGCCAUUUCCUCCCAUCAAAAAACUUCUUUCCCUUAUUUUCCAUGUUGAGUAAGUGACGAGACGCCAUGUUGAAAAUUAUGGCUGAAAUAGUUAAACACGAGCAAUGCUGAUCUUCGAAUCGUCGGCCAUAUUUGUUUAUGUUCUUGCAGGGAAAUAAAUUAGUUCUCAGGUCCUUUUCGGAAUAAAAAUAUGCCAGGCAUUGAAUGCAAAUUCAGUAGUCUUAGCACAAAAAUUAAAUUAAAGCAAAUCAAAAUUCUGACAUCAUGUCAUCACUCUGCCUCGAAAAAUCCCAAAGAUUUACUUGCAGGUCUUCUUUUCUUUUUCUUUUCAUCAAAUAGAAGAUCUGCGAUGCUCAAAUUGUAAGUCAUGAUACGAAAUACUCUUCUUUGCAGAUCGAGCCGUGAUCGCCGCCAUAUUGAAUUCUCUUGAUAUUCUAUUGUUCCGGAGUGUAAUACGACAUACCGCUGAUAAUUGUUCGCGGGCUCGAAAUGUCCUUGAUUUCUGGCGAUGCGCUCCUUACAUAUCAAACACUUAGAAUGACAACUUAACUCUGUUGUGAGCCAGAUAAAAUUAAUGUACUUGUAAUGCGCUAUUGUUCUAAGCGUGCAACGUGACGGAACAAACGCUGGCCAAGAAUGAAUAAUAAUCCCAUUGUUAUUUUAACAUUUUGAAACUCUUCGUCGAAAGCAAUAACAAUCCUAGUUUAAACUCUUAUGCAAGACAUUUUAUGGGUUUGCCGCGCUUACAGAAAAAGAGACAAAAAGAGACUGUUGAUAUAGUCAAGCACUGCCAAAGAACAAAGAAAUCUCAUAAAGAUAACUUUUUCGACGGUAAGGUGUUGGUAUCACGGUUGCGCGCUGAUCAUUUCCAGAGUUUUAGGCCUUACGGCAUAAAACAUAUACUUCUAACUGUAUAUUUCAAUAACAAAAUCAAGAGUUUGACAUAGCUUGUAUGUACUUACUCAGCGUAGAACGUAUGGAUUGGACUGUCAAGCCUUAUAUUUUUUACUGGAAAGAAUCCCUUUCAUCGCACCAUAAAUCAUAAGUUUUCGUUAGCAGCUGUCAGUGCGCUUACUCUGGUUUUUCACAUGGUAGCAUCAUGACGGAUUUUUCAACGUCUUUCAACCCUUUUUGCUGGAGGUAGACUAUAGUGGACAUUAUAAUGCUCUGUUUUUCCAUCUAAGAACGGACCAAUGAGGCUAAAGACAAUUGCGCAUGGUGUGGAGAACUAUUAAAACAAAAGAAACGCACGGCAUAAAAAUAACUGUAUUUAGUUAGCGUUUUGGUUAUAUUUUACAUGAUAUAGGGCCGGGUCCUUUAGAUUGAUAGCACUCCAAGAAAUUCCCCUCUUCCUUAAUUUAUCAUUUUUUCAAUAUCAUGUCACGGCUUUUCCUCCGAAUGAACUAGAUGUGGUUCCUCCCCAAAAAAUGGAUUUGAUUGGCUGAAUAUUUCAGUGACGAGGCAAAUUUGCAUUCGCUCCACUCGUUUUGGUUCAGACCUUAAUUUCAUAUCGACAGAUUUUAAAAGCUUCCUAAAAUCAGAUGGCUUAUUUAAGAUUAGUAGAUACCACACAAAUGAUGUGUGCUUUUUGCGCGCGCAAUGCUUGUUUUUAUUGUCCCAGUUUCAAGGAUACUUCCACUGUUAUGGCUGACAUCUCAGAUUGAAAUGUGACUCUUUCGAAAAACUGCCAAUCUCACGCACCAUAAUAGUAAGCACCAUUUGCUCGCGAGCUUACAUAUUUAAAAGUCUGAGUGAGUCAUGCUAAUUUGUUACGCAUCACGAGAGUUCGAUCAUUUUCGUAAUCCUCUGUUUAUUCUUUACUCCUUAUGAUCCAAUAGUAAGUGAAAUCCCUUAGUCUCAUUUCACUCAAUAAUCUUUAAAAUAUUUUAGGCUACAUUUCAGAAUAUUGCCCUUUGAGCUCUUUAGACACCUUUUACAAGCUAACCCAGAGGAUUUAGGGCAAUCUCUUUAAACUUUUAAAAAAAAAAUUGGAUUUUAUUAGAUGAAUAUUUCAGUGACGUGGCAAAUUUGCAUUCGCCAAAUCGUUUUGGUUCAGACUUUGAUUUCAUACCAACAGAUUUUGAAAGCUUCUGAAAAAUCAGGUGGGUGAUUUUAGAUUAUUAUUACACCCAUUUUGAAAUCACUGGUGAUCCCUGUAAUCUGAUUGGCUCUAAUUGGUGCGAUUUAUUCGCGAAUCGCACCAUUUUUUGCUUUAAAUCGCAUCAUUUUCCCAGCCAAUGAGGAGGCUACACUGAAAACAAAACAACCAAUCAGAUUUCAAGGCUUGUGUUCGGGAGCGAUAACGAAAACCUCCUAAAUGCGACUAAACUGGAAAACACAAGCGAUAACGAAAAUCUCCCAAAUGCGACUAAAUGCCGCUAAAAAAACUGCCACUUAUUGCGACUAAAAUGUGGCUAAAAAACUGCAAUUCAAACUACGACAACACACACGCGAGAAAUCGUAAGCGUAACUUGCUUACGACUGAUUAACGUUAAAUGUCUCAGCGCGCGCGCUAAUUGCACGACACGCCAGUCCGGUACUUUCUUCUUAACAGCUUGUUUAAAGUAACCAAUGUAAUUGCAGGAAAAUGAAAGACAAAGAGUAUCAUAUGGCAAAUUUUGCAACCCUUGUUUCCAAAAUUCUUGUUUUUUCCCCGCCAAAAAUGGGCGAAUUUUAUUUCAAACUAGCUCAGUACUGCAUCAAUAAAAUAUUGACUAAGUCCUGUACUUGGGCGAUUUCAAAAUGGAUGUAAUAAAGAGGUAAUUGAACCUUGUGCCGUGCAAUUUUGGUCUGAGAUCAUACUUGUGAUUUCAAAUCGAACUUGCGCUGUGCACUCGUUCGAUUUUGAAAUCACACGUAAGAUUUCAGCCCAAAUUGCACUCCACUCAGUUCAAUUACCAUUAUGUAUAUACCACACGAGUGACGAGUGCUUUUUGCGCGCGCCGAUUAGCCAGUUCGGAAGUGAAUAGCAAGUACUAUUCACCUCCGAGCAGUAGAUGAGACGGAAUUGCGCCUCAAGACUUUAAUUUUCGACCAUUUUCGGUAUAUAAAUAAACUUAUUUUUUGGUCUUUGUGUGGUACAUAGUAAAGUAAUUAUUCCCGUUAGUCUCUGAGAAUAAUUGUUAAUUGUAACAUAACGCUGGUGCUUUUCUAAUCUAACUGCUAUUGAGCCAUCAUAGCCAAACCUUUAUGAACGCACGACCGGCCAUGCGUGUAUAAAAAUUUAAUGAUGUGAACAUUUAUAAUUUGCUAGAAAUCUUAGGUCAUGUUUGAGUGGUCAGAUGUUUCUAUCUAGAUUGAGACAGCCCCAUUGGAUCUCAAAAUCAAAAAUGAAAUCGCUGAAGAAUACUCUACAUCGAAAAACAAGAGAGAGCCUAGAUUUUGCUCUCGGCCACCCUUUGGGCGGCUCUCACGCUUCUCCAAACCUUCCUCGUGUAUCCAGCGUAGACCAUCUCGUGAAUUACCUAGUUGCUCAACUUGAAUAUUCUUACUUAUUUUGUCAGAAGACAUAUUACAUAAAUCAUAUAAAUUACUUUGCCGUAGAUGUCUAAUUUCUAGCUACUUGUUUUGCUUGUAAAUCUCUUAAGUAAAGAAAACUAAAAGUGGUAAAACGUCGAUCCAUUAGAUGUCGUGGCCGACAAGGGAUUUGUCUGACUGCCCUAGUUAAUACUACGACUAAAGAUUCUGUUACAUGCAUGAUAAAAUUUUAAAGCAGCAGACGCUAAUUUGUUGACCAGAUUAGAGAAAUCAUGCAUACCACCGAGAAGCUAAGUAAAUAAUUCAAAUCAUCGAUGAAAGGUGAUAUUGAAUUCAGUUCAAUUUUUUUUUUGGCGACAACGUGAAUAAAUUUAGUGCUCACAUGCUGGGACUUAACAAGACUUAAAAAAAGCACAUAAACAAACAAAGCGUUUGAUUGGCGCGAACAGUUUUCCGAGAGCGAAGCUCGAGGAAAAGUGUGCGAUUUGAGGAACAGAUAAUGUCCAAGGACAAAUAUAGAAGCAGAUUUUCGUGACAAAUUAUGGCGAUUGUGUUUAUUGUCCUUCAAAUAUUUGCAACGUGCAUGAAAAAAACAUUUACGAAGAGCCUUCUGUUUGUUGCGUGGGUGUCCUCUUUUGAGGUUUUUUUUUUAUAUGACUUUAUGAACAAACAAAUAUUUUACUCCUGCCGUAACAACCAUAAAACGCUUUCUAAAUUUAAAACGAAAACUUAUUAGUUGAAGAGGACGUUAUGCUUGAAAAUUGGGAAUAUCACCUGGGUGAUACUUUUGGAUAUCACCCAGUUUGAGCUGGGGUUGUUAGUUACGUGACACGUUGAGACCUGAUUGUGCGCCAGUAAAAAUAUUUGAUGAAUCAUCAUUUUCUUAUCUAUUCUUGAUGAGAAUGAAUCAUGGCGGCAUAAUACCUGUUAUCAAGUUGAGAAGGGUUUUCUGGAAUUUAUGCCGUUUACGCCUGGACACGUAAACCACUUAAAUAAAACUGAGAGUAAUCGUUAUCAUAAAUUGUUAUCCAUGUUUCUCUCCCGAGAUCGAAGUAAGUGGUAUUUUUGAGCGAGAUUCUAUACAUUUAGUGGUCGAUUGUGGCAUGAAAUGUUGCUUUAUAUUAUUUUACAUAAUACCCUGAUUCUGUUGACAUUGUAAACCCCACCAUUCUCCGUGGGUGACUGCUCAAUACAGGUUUGACUGUACAUUUUUUGUUUUCCAGGACACAAAAUAUUAAAAUCAUGAAGGGAUACUACUUAACUGAGAAUAUUCCAAAUUUCGAAAACAAAACAGUGCAUAUCAGAUGAAGGGGUUUUUACCGAAUUCUAUUUUUGGUUAACACGACACAAAAACAAACAGGCUUCCGAAUCUUCAAGAAAUUUAAUCGAUGUGUGAGCACUUUUGAGUCUUAUACCUUAAGUCUUUCUCGAAACGGACCCAUUGAGCGUUCUUUAAAAAAGUUAAUAAAACGAGAAGACAAAUUCUAGCCUUUUUCGCCCAAUGUUCGCUGUAUUUGUCGCAAUAUUUAAGCUGGGUCGAAAACGAAAUGACGGUGAAGGGGACUUCCCGAAUCGAUUCUAGUACGUCAUUUAAGCUCGUUUUACUUUCAUCUGUCAUUUAGGUUGAAUGCGCCACAACUAAGAGAUUAAAGGCAAUACGAAAGUGUUCCAACAAAGACGCAGAUUCUCAACAGAAAUGGGGAAGAAGAAGCAACGGAAUUCCCGACCCCAGGUAAGACUAAAACCCUUCUUUCUUGAGUUCAGUAAUAAACGUAUUGAGUGAGUUUAUCUUCCUCUCUCAGCGAGCAUCGGUUAGUUAUAUCCUUGAAUACACAAUAAGCCUCACCCAAAAGAGAUCUUUUAUAAUAUUCAUCGUCUGAAACAAAAGCCUUAUGUAUGUGCUUGAAUCGAAACCUGGCCCGCGCUGUAGGUAAUAAAUACAACAUCCAUUGCUUGCUUCUUUGAACAUUUGCCGUGAAAAUUUGUAUCUGUUAUCGCCCUUCAUUGAGCCCUUUACGUCAAAGCUUUAUUUAGUCCAAACUCUCAUAACCGUAGAUCAGGUGAUAUUCCAAUGAACAAUAAUAGUCCAGCCUCAGCCUGUUCCAUUGAGUACAAAGGGCGCGAUGCCGCGUUUAUGAAACGCUUUAAUUUACAUUUCACGCUUAAGCCUUUUAGCCGAGAUUUUGAAAUAAAAAUGAUUUAUUUUUCCGAGAACCAUAUCCCUCCUUAGAAAAUCGGAAGUAUGUACUGUUUGAUUCAGAUAAUUUUUUUUUCGAGCGCACAGAAUCAUAAGCUUUUCCGUCUGCUUAACAAUGUAAAUCAUAACUUUUUCUUUCGAUGUAUGCUGUUCCAAAGAUCAGUUUAAUAAAUAUGAAAUAUUGUUAUUUGAUAUACCUUGGAAGCAGCAACGCCAUUUUACCGAGUUGGCAGAUCAGGGUCAAAUCAUAGUACAGAAAAUCAUCCUAUUUAUAUUCUUGUCGGUAGAAUCUAGAAUAAAUUUAGUUUCUGAUAUAGGGUGAAUCCAUUCUUAACAUUUGAAGCAAGAGCUAUCCCAAUAUCCUGCCAUUUUACAUUUGAAAACCCAUCGAAAACGCUGAUUUUCACUCGAAGUGUGUGGCAAUCCGUGUUGAUUUUAUUAAAAAGGUAUUUGAUUGAGAAAAAAGCAUUCUAAGUAACAGAAUGUUUUUUGUUCGUUUGUUUGUUUGUUUGUUUUUUUUUCUAUUUCUUACAUAUUACGAGGAUUGUUUCAUCCGCCAGAAAACCUUCAGGGUUUUAUUUACAGUACGUGAAUAUGACACUCUUUGUUUUCGUAUUUUAGUCCAUCAGCGCUCGACAAUGUUUCGCUUCGAGACGCUUUUCAUAUCCGGCCAUUUGUUAAUAGAUUAAAUUUUCGCUAUGUAGCUAGAGUGUGUUGCCAGUUUCGGCUUGGAAUAUCAACAUUUAUCUUUUAAAACCAAUAGUCACAAUAUCUCAAUACUGCAUAAAAAGAGAGGGAGAUUUACUCCUAGAAUAAAUUGCGUUAGCUGUUCGUUUGGAAAAUUGCGCUUUCUCCAUGAAAAUGUUGGUAUUAUGGCGAGAGACUUUCGGAAAAUGGUUUCAGAAGGGUUCAGAAACUCUAAAGUCAUGUAGCGGAAGUUAGUGGAAUACUGCACAAUAACGGCCUUUGUAAACUUCUGCGUUGUGCGCUUUAGAGUGGAUGUUGGUUUAAAAUAGAAAGUAUUCUUAAUUUUGCAAAAACUUGUGGUUUGAAUUUUGAUGACGUCAUUUCUUUGAUCAAUUAGGUUAUAGACAAAGGAAAAUUGCGGUCAAUUUGUCAAGUAGAAGGAACCCACCACACUGACUCGAGGGUCCAAAAUACACUUUCCCAAUUCCGCAUCCUGCCGCUUUUCAUUCCAUCCCGCCGCAAUGAACAUUUCAUCUCGAUCACGCCUGAUUAAACCCAAGUUUCUAUAGUUCCCCGCCUGACCUAAACUGAUGGACAAAUUGUAGCCUCAACAAUUUUGAUAAUGUACUCCCGAUCUCCUGUUUGUGGAGAACAGCAAGGACUUGCUUAAAGCAUAUUUAGCCAGCUCGAAAAAACGGUAGUUCUUUGCCGAGUGUGUUUUAGUCUUUAUGGGUGAUACACAAAAACUCGGACAGACCAACAGAAAAGCGAUCAAAUUCUUCUGCCGAUCGGAAAACAGUAAAAGUCAUAUCUCAAAGAUACAACAAACUUCAUAAAGUUCACAGAAAAACAAAACAAACCUUUCUCAUUUCAAUACACGUUCCGAGCUCAUCAUGACAAAUAUAUUACGAGCUGAGAAAAUGAACAUAGUAUGCACUGCGUACGAGAAUUUUUCACCGGAAUAACAUUCCAAUGAAAAACAUUCCAAUUCAUACACAACGUGUCACCCACCGGAAGCAAAGAAACGCUUUGCUAAAGGCGAGGCGUUACGACUCCUCAGGACUUAUUCUUUAAAGCAAAAAUUUGUUCAAAAUACAUUUAGAAGAGGUUGUUUUGAACAAAGAAGUAACCCGAAAAACUUAAUUAACAACACACCAUAAGAAGUGAAAUUUGAAGGACGUAAACGCGCCCUCCUCCAGCAGGGAAAAACAAACAACAACCAUUGCUAUGUGGAGUCUUCAAAAAGAAUCGAUAAUAUCAUACAGAAAUGGGCGUUUAUUCAAAGAAAUAAUCUUGACAGCACGUGUAUUCUUUACCAACUGAACAUAGGAUUAUCCUCACAACUUUUUUAUCGCUCGGUUCUCUCUAGCACAUGGUUUUUUUCUUACGUCAUCUGACAUCUACCUGGAUGUCCAGUCCUUUCCGCGCUAACGCCCGACACUUAACAUAAAUUCCUCUAGGAAAAAACGCGAUUUCACUACUUAACGCCAUCAAUAUCGUCUCCCAUCUCUCUUAUUUCCAUCUUUCAUCAUCGGUUUACUCAAAUAUCGUUCUCUUCAUGCAUUAGAUUAUAGACGCCUCAUCUUUAACGAAGAAACUUCGAAGUUUCUCCGAAGAUUAUGUGAAGAUUUCUGAAGAAACCAGUACUCGUGCAAGGACGUUGGUCAAAGACUGCAUUGAAGGCCAGAUCAUAUCGUACUGCCGAGACAAUUCCAUGAUUGAGAUACUAAAACUGGAGUAUACCGGCAGCUUUUACGAGGGUUUAAAGACUGAAGCUGCUGAUGAGGCCGACAUCAUGGUAAUACUGAAAACACCAAGUACAGGGAUCGAAGUCAUCCAAUCCAAAUUUCCCGGGUACGUCCGUCUCAGAGCAAGAAAUGCCCAAAUGUUCGAGAAGUAUUUAAGUAAAGAAGGCUACAUUAAUGCCAAGAAGCUUCGAAAUAGCUGGUUCCACAGUCUUGUUCACCAAGCAAAGAAUAAGGUUAAACCAAAACCGCCAUACUCUGAGGUUCGUCUGAAGGUGCGUAGUCACGGACCAGCUGUCCAGGUGGACAUUUUCAGGAAAGAAUCUGAUGAGAAGCUUUUAUCAGUUGAUCUCGUCCCUAGCUUCGAAGUCGAGGGUAGCUGGUAUGUGCCCAAGCCUUUUAAAGGGAAGCGAUAUGUGUCUAAUGAUGUGUUUCUUUGGAGGAAGACAUUUUCACCAAAGGAGAAACAACUCCUAGAGUCCAUGGACAGGGAAGACCGAGGCUGUAGGCACGAGCUCCUUCGAAUCGUGAAGACCGUAGUCAAGAGGCCAGUGACAUCUUUACCACUGGAUUCAUACCACUUGAAGACCGCCUUUAUGCACUAUAUCGAAAGGAAAGGCCUGGAUUGGAGUAAAGACGCGUUGGGGAAAAAUUUCUUUGGAUUUCUUACAGAAUUACAGAUUUAUAUGGAGAGCAGAAAUCUUCCUCAUCGUUGGUUGGGUGAUGUUAACGUUCUGGAUGAUUUCAAGGGAGGGGUUGUCCAGCAGAUGGCGAAUCGUUUAAGAAGGAUCCUAAACAGCGAAGUAAGGCUGAACAAGAUACUCGAAUAGCCUUCAUGACUCUGCCAUGUCUGUCUCUCUCGUACAAUCAAAGCUAUCUAUCACUUUAUCGAACUUUCGAUUAUCGAUUUUGGAAAUGGCAAAAUUUAAACGCCAGGACAUAUCCCUUGGAGGACAUCAAAUUUUAAUUUUAUUCACCAUAUUAUUUUGUUCCCUAUCACCUUGUAAGGUGGUUUACCGCUCCAACCUAUAUUCAUUUUGUGUUUGGUUACCUGGCAUCUGAACACAACGAAAUGAAUAUAGGGAAAUGUCUUACCGUUAUUAAAAAAUCAUUGAUAGCAAAGCAGAAUUGAAUAGUUUUUCUUUCUAGAGGCCAAACGACAGGUAGCUAACAAUUAUUCUUCAAUCUUUGUUCUCAUUUUUUUUUCCUGGUACAAAUUCCACAUUCAUUGGCACGCUUAAGGUGAGAAAAAAAAAGAUUGGUUAUUUGAUGGUAGACAGUUGUCCCCUAGCGUUAAAAAAACAAAUGGAAAAUAAACAGACAAAAAAGUGACUUCGUAGUUUAACUUGUGCUGUCGUGCAAGUGGAAUUCAUUUCCGCAAGUGGACCAGCAACUGUCCUAUAUCUAGAGGUAUUAUUUAGUGUUUGUUGAAAUCUGACAUCUUACACGCUUAAUUAUUCUUGGAGACAAUUCUUCAAUCAUAUCUUCUAAAUGAAAGCAAUUGUAUUGUGACUCCCGCAUGGCUCAUCAAAUGUUAUUAUAAUUUUUUUGAUCCGUUCUUUUCUUUUGCUAUUUUGUUUCUAUUCAUUCGUCCAUAUUUGAUAAGGCUAAAUUAAUGCGGUAGCUUUCCAGGUCAUUUGCGGGUUUUUUACGAUGCAAUUCAAGAUUUAAAACGCGCUAUUGGAAAUUUUUCCCUGUGUGGCAUAUCGUUUGCCUUUAAUCCGUCCAACGAGGCGAAAAAGCAUCUGGAUAAAUUUUUUUCGAGUGCUCUUGUUAGGUAAAUUUCAAGAACAUUACAUUAGCGUGCAAGUACUGGUUUUCCAAAUGAUUUUUCCUUUAAAUAACUUUUAAAGAAAUAUUCCUCGUAAUUAGAUCAAAAUCUUGUUUCGCCUAGUUCAUAUCUACACAAUGCUGUUGUUUUGAAGACGUUCAGUAAUGUUCAACCUAGCUUGCUAAUGAUCAUAUUUUUUAAAAAAAGCAUUGUAAAGUUUAUGGUGUAAAUGUGUUCUGCUUUUGUUUUUCUUUCUUCCUUGUUGGCUUUUUUUUCCCGCUUUUAACGCUAUGUAGGACAAAAGGGUAAGAAUUAGGGUAAUUAGCGUCCACUAGUAAUGUAAAGUGCAUUAAAAAGUGUACGUUUUAAGUAACGUUAAG